AUGGAAGACGUGAACCUGACCCGGGUCUCCGAGUUCUUGUUCUUGGGGUUCUCAGAGGACCCCCAACAGCAGCAGCUGCUUUUCGUCAUUUUUAUGAGCAUGUACCUGGUGACCGGGCUGGGGAACCUGCUCAUCAUCCUGGCCAUCGGCACGGACGCCCGUCUCCACACGCCCAUGUACUUCUUCCUGGCCAACCUGGCCUUCGUGGACAUUUGUUUCACCUCCACCACCGUCCCCAAGAUGCUGGCCAAUCACGUGUCAGGACGCAGAGGGAUCCCUUAUGCGGGCUGCUUGACCCAGAUGUUCUUCUUCAUCUGGUUUGGGGGCAUUGACAGCUCAUCACCCCCUUCGUGGGCAUCUUGGUGUCCUACACGCGCAUCGUCGCUGCGGUGUUGA